CAAAGAUGGGUGGAAGUACAAUAAGGUUAUGUUAUUAAAAAAGGAACGUAAAUAAAUUGUUUUUUAUAUUAUUAUUAUUAUUUAAUAGUAAUGGCAGAAAAAAAAUCAUUUAUAUACAUAAACGACAAAUUUUCAAUCGAAAAAACUAUAGUAAUUCCAUUUGAUGAGUCUGUAUCUGAGCUAGCACAUAUUUUAAUAGCCAAGCAUAGUUUACCUGUUUACAUUGAACAUGAGUUAACACAAGAUUUAGAGCAAUUUAUCAAUGAUAGAACCAUAGAAUUUUAUAAUGAAGCAACAUCAAAAACUAUAGAAAAAGCCAUUGAAGAAAACACCAAUGUUGAGGAAACAAUCAAAGAAUGGGAAAAGUUAAUGAAAGAAGAAAUGGCGGAGUAUGGGGAGAGAAGAUGCGCCUCAGAUGAAGAACUGUUUGCCACUGCUUACCAUAAAAUGGUACACUCGCCAGCAUUGGAAACUAUGCUGCAACUGGAACACAUGUAUUCCAAGACAGUAAAACAAAAAACCCUUGAUAAAAACAAACAAAUAUCAUUAUUAUCUGAAUGUCAAACACAAGAGAUGAAUAGCGCUGUCGAUAGGCUUGAACAAGGAAUGACAGAAUCAAAAAUAAACGAUUUAGUAGCAAAACACUAUGAAGAUUUAUCGUUCCUUCAAUGUCAAUUAACCAGUGAGCUUGACACUAUAAAAGAAGCCCAAAGGCGCGAGUACAGAGAAUGGCUUAUGCAGAUGCUGGAACAGAACCAAGCAAACAGCUCGCUACCCACUCCAACAAGCCCUCUAUGCCCACCACCUUCAGAAUCAAUGAGGUAUCACGAGACCAACCGCCCUGAGAUAGCAACUCCAACAUUGGAAGAAAGCUUUACCAUUCAUCUGGGAUCUCAGCUGAAGCAAAUGCACAACAUACGUAUAUUAUCGGGAAACGUAAUGGAUCUUUGUUCAGUCAAUGAUAAUGAUCAAGCGUCUGAACCAACACCGUUACUUCUUCAAACUGCUCUAGCCCUAUAUUCAAACGAUUUAUCCGGAUUGGUACUGAUGACUGAUAAUAAAAUCGGGUCCAGGUUAACCCAAGAAUUUCAGGAAGUAUGCCAGAGGACCACAGAGUUUCAUUUUUCUCACAUAGAAGAUCAACUGGAUAAAAUCUCGAGUACCGCUCAAAAUCACAUGAAAACAAUCGAGUCGAAUGGAGGUAGAAAUGCAAAUAGCGAGCUUUUGCUAGCGGGUGAUUUUUACAUGACGAAGCACUCGAAUUUAGCGCAAUGUCACGUAAUCUUUCACAUGGUGUCAGAUGACAGUCUUAGAGGAAAUGAUAUCAACAGCAGACACCCAGUGGUGUUAGGAUUGAGGAGUAUAUUGAAAACUGCUUGUUCCAACGAUAUCACGUCUUUAACUAUUCCGUUGCUUUUGCAAUAUGAAAUGACUGAUGAGAUGACGAUAUCAUGGUGCGAAAAAAGGGCAGAGUUGGUGUUUAAGUGCGUUAAGGGUUUUAUGAUAGAAAUGGCCUCUUGGGGUGGUUCUGAUUUAAAUAAUCUGCAGUUCAUGUUGCCUCAGGGGAUAUCUAGUCAAGUGUUCCAGUCGUUGACGGAGAUGCUGCCGAGAAUAUUUAAAGUAUCAAAUCCGAAAAUAUUGAAGUAAAAUAAGUACCUUUGUGAUAAAUUUUGAUAUUAUAUAAAUAAAAUAGUAAUAAGCUAAUUGGUUGAUUAGUUGAUGAAUUAAUUAAAGAUUUGUUAUUUGAUAAUAAAAUUAUGAAGCUUGA